AUGGAAAAGCCGAACAAAAGGAGGGGCACUAACGUGUCUGAGGCGCGAAGAGCUACAACUGUGGGAAAGAGUGCUGAAAAAAAAAUACCAGCCCCAGAAACUAAGAAGACUGAAUUAAAAAAGAGGCCUCCCUCGACAAUAUCGCAUCUGCGUAACAUCACUAGCUUUUCUGGUGGUAUCAUUCCUGAAUACAAGGGUUAUAUGCCUCGUAUAGGCCACACAGCCUUUAUGUAUAAUCAAAACUUCUACAUUUUUGGCGGGUUGAAUGUAAAGGGUCAUUUUCCAAAUCAAUUUUUCUUCCAUGAAAAACGCAGCUUUCUGUGGAGAGAGUUACGUGGGGUGGGUAACGUGCCAUCUGGUCGUUCAAAUCACUCUUUAGUUUUCUGUGCGCCAAACAAAAUUAUGAUUUAUGGUGGCCAUCGAAACCUCGAGGUAUUCGAUACUUUGUACACCUUUGACUUAUUAACUAGCUACUGGGAUAAGAUUAACUAUGACAAAAGUAAUAGCCCGGGUCCCGUUUUCCUCCACGCUGCGGUAUAUGUUUCAACGACAAAUAGCAUGUUUGUCAUAGGUGGGUUUCAUCAACGCGCGUACAACAUGCAUCUAGGGCAUGUGUUUGACAUUCGUAAUCGUGUAUGGAGUGGUUUUCCAGGACCUAAGGAGGUUGAUUCUCAGCAAUUACAAUUUGUUACUGCCGCCUAUCACGAGCCAUCAACGUCUGUGGUUGUUCUUGGGCUUAGGGAGCGCGAUUCUAAUGCGCAAAAUGAAAUGACAGCGCCGUUUAUUUACUUGCUUAACGUUAAUACUCUGGCCUGGACUCGAGUGCAAACCUUCCGGUCUUCCGAGAGUCCGGUUCUCUUUCGGAUGGACGUUUUCUGGAAUAUAUUCCUGUCCGAAUUUGUGAUGAUGGGGGGCUUUUACAAUGAAGGUCAACAAAGUUGGUAUUUUCCGCUUAAUUUAUCUGAGCUGCCUCUCCUAAAAGAGGAUGAGCGGCCAGGGUCCUCUAAUUCGUCGCUGUCAAGGUCCCCACAUAAAUUCAGUCCGAUCAGUACCUCUAUGUCCGUACGAAGUAAAAAAUGUUCAGCCUAUGGGUUCUUCAAAUUGCAACUAAAUGACUUCACAUGGUCUGUGAUGGAAUCCAGGUUUCCGCGCAGUAUCCUGAAGGGGUUGCUGGCUAAGACUCGGGAAAAAAUAAAUGAACAAAUUAUGCAAGGGAGUUUGAAUGAGUAUUCGAACAUGUUUUCCCCAACCCACGCAAGCCGCACGCGAUUUCACACCAAUAAGCUUUCCCCUGAUAAUUCCUCACCCAAUGCUGAGAGUUUCUCUUUAAAGAAUCUAACAUCGCUUUCUAAUGCCCCGCUUGUGUCCCCUAAGACGGUAAAUAAAGCGUUAUUGUACACCGUCAAUGGAGCACCAAUGUUUCAGCGUAAGUACGCCUACGCGGCGUACUAUCGCUCUUCUAGCACUUCGGAUAAAAAAAAAGUGAGACAAUUUCAUUAUCUGAUUAUGCACGGAGGGCUGAAGCCUGGUGAGGAUUACGCCAUGUUGAUUUUUACGCCAGAAAGUGGCCGUGUCGGAUCGCCUAUGGCAAAGGGUCGCGCUAAUUCUUCUAUAGAGCACAGUAUUAUGCAUGAUACCGAAAGUGAUUCAAAUAGCUUUUUGUGUACCGUUCAAAAUAAUUUGGAAGGCACAUUCAAACGUAUUUAUGGGGACACACCAUUACCGCUGGAUGAAGAUAGUAUAAAUUUGUCAUUUUCUUCCAAAAAAGAUGAUGCGCUUGAUGCGAAGGAUGCUCCACCCAUUAGUCUUCCCAUGUUAAGUGGUGAAAACGACCUCCCUUCGAAAGCUCUCUCCGUCAGUGGGGACAAGGAAAAGACUGGUCAGUUUGCCCUACUUUAUCACGAAAAUAACUCCGUGACCCAUUUACCCCAUUUGCUACCCAAUCCUAAUGCUCCAGUGGUCAUCUUGGAAUCCCAGGCGGACAUUAACGAAUGGGCGACCCGCUUUUACGCCGACUCACGAAUAUGGAUAGCGAUGAAGCUGAAGGAAGUAAUAAUGCGAGACCGAAAGGAACGAAAGAGUUUGCUCUCUCAGAAACAACAACGAGGUCGAAAAAAGGACCACGUCGCGGCUCGCAGUCGUGGGAGCACUGGACUCCAUCUGAACAAUACGGAAAGUGAUUCCGACGACAGCGAAGAUUGCAGCAGCAGCGAUAUUUUAAAUUUUAGUGAUCCCAUCCUAAAUGGCAUACCUGAAUAUCAAGGACAGGGUAAAGAUCAUGAUGCACAUUCUUCCGGCAAGAUGUUCCCCAACAUGCCCCCCCCACAGAAUUUGAAGGAAGAGGAUAAGGAUCAAAAUCAACGCGAUUUCUUUACCCGAAAUGACCUGGAUCUGUUUGCCUUCAUGCCCAGACACUUCUCCAAUGUUCUUGGGAUUAACCUCCCAACCGAUUCCGAAAAGGAUACAGAGGAGGAAAUUAUGAAUUUAUUUAACAACAUCGGUCCUGGUCGAUUGCACAUGAAUGUAAAGCGCAGGGCCGAGAUUCAGCGCCUUCCCAGCGCGAUUUUUCGCACUGCUCUAUCCACCAAAAACGAGCUCGCGCACCAUGUGGGUGACUUAGGGAGCGCCACCGCCUACGUUCUCAUGAGCAACGCCCUGAAACUGCUGGAGGGGGAUUAUUCAAAGGAGGCAAGUGUGGCGCGGGCGCGACUUCGGUGGCGAUUUCUACGCGCGAUGGUUCGCACUGGCGAAGCGGCGUUUAUUCUUCACCGCGUGAAUCGCGUGGAGACGAAAAAGAAAGCCUUUCGGGUGACCAGCUCGCUGGGGUUGUUGUUGGCGCCCGAGCUGCAUUUGGUGGGGCCGACACGGACGCAUAAAGUGCCCUCGCGGCCGGUUCCCUAUGUCUUGCCGCGCCAACCGCAUCACCCGCAUCUGUCCGCCGACCUCACACCAAGCGGGAUGGUGUUGUAUAAAAACUUGAGGCGCAAUCAGACCUGGUCUAAGUAA